CCAGCGCAGGACUUAGGGCUGUUGGAGCCCAGCUGGUUCCGGCUGGGAAAAAUGGCGGUGGCUGGGGCGGCGUCCCGGGAGCAGCUGGUGGGCUGGUGUACCCAGCAGUUAAGGAAAACUUUCGGCCUGGAUGUCAGCGAGGAGAUCAUGCAGUAUGUUUUGUCAAUUGAGAGUGCUGAAGAGAUACGAGAAUAUGUCACUGACCUCCUUCAGGGAAAUGAGGACAAGAAAGGUCAAUUCAUAGAGGAGCUUAUAACCAAAUGGCAAAAGAAUGAUCAGGAGUUGAGUUCUGAUGCUCUGCAGCAGUCCUUCAAAAAAGAUGAAAUGUUGGAUGGGCAGAGAUCAGGAGACCAGCUAAAGAGGAGUAGGAGGAAAGGCAGAAAUAGACAGGAAGUUCCUGCAUUUGCUGAACCUGACACAACCACGGAGGUCAAAACACCUUUUGAUUUGGCCAAGGCACAGGAGAACAGCAGCUCCUUAAAGAAGAAGACAAAGUUUGUCAGUUUAUACACAAAAGAGGGACAGGACAGGCUUGCAGUCCUGAUUCCUGGUCGCCAUCCUUGUGAUUGCCUGGGCCAGAAGCACAAGCUGAUCAAUAACUGUCUGAUCUGUGGGCGCAUUGUCUGUGAACAAGAAGGUUCUGGCCCCUGCUUUUUCUGUGGCACUCUGGUAUGUACUCGUGAAGAACAGGAUAUUUUACAGCGUGACUCAAACAAAAGCCAGAAAUUGCUGAAGAAGCUAAUGUCAGGGACGGAGAAUUCUGGAAAGGUGGACAUCUCUACCAAGGACCUUCUUCCUCAUCAAGAAUUGCGAAUUAAGUCUGGUCUGGAGAAGGCUAUUAAGCAUAAGGACAAACUGUUAGAAUUUGACAGAACUAGCAUUCGAAGGACGCAAGUCAUUGAUGAUGAGUCAGAUUACUUUGCCAGUGAUUCUAACCAGUGGUUGUCUAAAAUUGAGCGGGAGACCCUGCAAAAACGAGAGGAGGAGCUGAGAGAAUUUCGACAUAUGUCGCGGCUCUCUAAGAAAAUCACCAUUGACUUUGCAGGCAGGAAGAUCGUGGAAGAUGAAAAUCCUCUAGCAGAGUAUCACAGCAAACUAGAUGAGACAAUACAGGCAAUUGCCAAUGGAACCUUGAACCAACCACUCACCAAAUUGGAUAGAUCUUCUGACGAGCCUUUGGGAGUUCUGGUGAAUCCCAACCUGUUCCAGUCCCCUCCUCAGUGGAUAGACCAGACAGGUGCAGCCUCACAGAAGAAGGCUUUCCAUUCAGGAGGAUCGGAACUAGAAUUGAACUCCUAUCGGCACCAGUUUCGAAUCCAGGACCAAGAAUUUCAGGAAGGCUUUGAUGGUGGCUGGUGCCUCUCUAUGCAUCAGCCCUGGGCUUCGCUGCUUGUCAGAGGGAUCAAAAGGGUGGAGGGCAGAAGUUGGUACACUCCUCACAGAGGACGUCUUUGGAUAGCAGCCACAGCCAAAAGACCCUCCCCUCAAGAAGUCUCAGAACUCCAGACUACAUAUCGUCUUCUUCGUGGGAAAGAUGUGGAAUUUCCCAACGACUAUCCAUCAGGUUGUCUUCUGGGCUGUGUGGACCUCAUUGACUGCUUGUCCCAGAAGCAGUUUAAGGAACAGUAUCCAGACAUGAGUCAAGAAUCGGAUUCUCCAUUUGUUUUCAUCUGCACAAAUCCCCAGGAAAUGAUUGUGAAGUUUCCUAUUAAAGGAAAUCCAAAAAUCUGGAAACUGGAUUCCAAGAUCCAUCAAGGAGCAAAGAAGGGGUUAAUGAAGCAGAAUAAAGCUGUCUGACCCAGGAGAAAAGGAGCUAUACAGCAUAGUGGAGUUUUGUGUACUAAAAUUGCUAUCCACUGGUCCUUUGGAAUUGAAGCAUUAGAAAUCUAAAGGCUUGGCAUCAGGCUUGAAUCUUUGAGAAUUUAGACUCUUACCUAAAUCUGUAUAUUUUUCUUAAAGAGUGGGAUUCUUACUUUAUGUAGGAGGUCAAAAUCUUUGAAUACAUUAUUUAUAAAAUGCUAUUUUAAAA